CCAUUCUAAAAUUUUUUUUGGAGUUUCGCGGGUCUCGAUGACACAAAUUUUUGAAUAUUUAAAUAUUUGAAUAAUUAAUUAAUUUGAUAAUUAAAAAUAAAAUGUCCGAUACUGAGGAAUUGAAUGAAUCGGAACUGGGAACUUUGGAACAUUGGGAGAAAAUUUAUGACGAAGAAAUAAAUAAUUUUCAGGAGUAUGGAGAUGUUGGAGAAAUUUGGUUUGGAAAAAAUAAUGCAUUUAAAUUAAUCAAAUGCAUAGAAGAAUUAAAUAUUUCAAAAUCUGAUCCAAUAAUAGAUCUCGGGUGUGGUAAUGGCUGGACUUUACUGAAACUUUAUGAAAACGGGUUCAAAAAUUUACUAGGAGUCGAUUAUUCCCCAAAGGCCGUGGAAUUGGCGCGAAAUAUUUUAAAAGAAAACAAAAUAGUUCUCGACGAUCUAGCCACUAGGAUAGAAGUCUGUGACAUUUUGCAAGAUCUAGACUCCGGGGAUGGAAAGGACAAAAAUUUUUUGAAGCCUCGGAGUUUCAAAUUAAUUCACGACAAAGGAACUUACGACGCGGUCAGUUUGAAUCCCGAUGACCGGCACCGUCAGCGCGGGAAAUACAAAACUAAUGUGUGGGAUUUAUUAAUGGACAAUGGUUAUUUAAUUAUUUCGUCUUGCAAUUGGACUAAAGACGAACUAAUACAACAUUUUAGCGGAUUCAAAGUGGAAAAAAUUUUGGAGGCUCCGGCGAUUAAAUUUGGGGGUAAAGUUGGACAGUCUGUUACAAAUAUUGUAUUUAAAAAAAUUAGUGUCUAAUUAAUUAAAAAAAUAAUAAUUUUAUUAA